ACAAUUCCAAGAAUAAACUACUUUGAGGAAGUUGAACUGUCGGAUUGGUCGCUUGUUAAUUUCCUAGAAUGGAGAUCAAGGUUUUCUGAUUUUUCAGACAAGGAAUUCGAACAUAGCGCCUGGAAGACACUUCUCAAAAAGAUUAGUAAUACCAGCUCAUAUGGAGAUUCUAAGAUGACAAAGGCUCAAGAAUUAUUAUCCAAUUUCGAGAGGGAUAAAAUAUCAUACAGCGUUGAGAAAUUUUGGGAAGAACGUAGAAGCAUGUAUUUUGAUAAUCGUCUAAAAACAAUAUCGAAGGAAACUAAAUUGCAGAUGGCAGUUUCGGAUCUCAAGUAUGUUGUCAAUAAAUCCGAAGAAGAGACAAAUCACUCUGCUCUUAUUGGAAAAAGACGGUACCAGAUUUUAAAAAACGAAUUGGAAUCUGAGAGGGAGGACAUAUUGGAGCCCACUCAAAAGCAAAAUCGACGUCAAACAAGAUAUGGGAGAAAUAUCCCGGACUAUUCCGAACAAGAAUCUGAUCAUGAGCCUGAAAAAAGAAUACGCAUAACACAGCCUGAAUUACGACCACAUCAUGCAAGCAAGUACAGAGAUGAUAGACCAGAGAUUGAUAACAUAAGAUUUGAGGAAAAUUAUGACGAGGAAACUGAAUUGUUUUUCAAACCUUCUGAUAUAUCGACAAUUAAGGAGAUAGUUACGGAAUCUAUGUUAAGUACGACCGACGAAUUAGUAGUUAAAUUGUUGAGAUGGCAACAGAGCAACCUUGAACAAAUAUGUCAUGGAGUUCAUAUUCCAGAAGAACAAAAUAUCUAUCAUUUGUUAUCUGUUUCAUCAAUAUUUUAUUUCCAACAACGAAAUGAGCAAUCCUAUCUGGAUUUUCUAACAGAAAAUGAAAUUUCUAAAAUUCGGUCAGAUAUCAUUUUCAAAUUUGUAAAAAUUACAACUCCGCAGGAAUUGAUAAAUUUCAUGAAUGAGAAUAAAAAGAAAUUUCAACGGGAUUCUCAGGAAGAAAUCUCAAGAUUCAUUAAAUUGUCUGCUGUGAAAUAUAGUGGGAAUUUAUUGAAUGAAACAUUUUUCAGUUUAUUAGAAGAAUGUGCCACUUGGAAUCCUUUGGUAGAUGUGAAUAAAAUGAAUGAAGGAACAUUCAUUGUAGACUACAUUGGGCCACUGUUUAAUAAGACCAUCCAUUACUUUAACUAUGUCACAAUUCACUCAUGGAUCGAUACAGAGUCAGAAGCUUCUAAAUCACGCCGAGGUCGUGGUAGAGUGCCUGAUUAUAUGUUGAAAAAUAAGGAUGAGACCUGUGUAGGUGUUUUCUGCGAAGUAACAAGUCCCAAACGACAGGAUGAGAAGCAUAAAAUUUAUUGGGAUAUUUACCGUGGUUCCAUACACGCCAAGGACUCUAUAGAUUUUAACAUCAAAAAGCGAGAGAUGCGCCCAAAUGAAACGAACCAAAUUGUUAUUUUUAUCAAUGGCCACAAAAUGGAAGUUUGUGUUAUGACAUUAUAUUGCCCCGGAAUAUAUUUACUUGUUGAGGUGGAAUCGUGCACCAUACCAAAAACUGUUAGAGAUCUGGAGUCACUUAUAAAGCUUCAUCAAGUAUUGAUUAGUAUUCGGGAAAAUGCGAUAGAUUUGUUGGGUGAGAAAUACAAUACCACACCGCUUCAAACAAACUAUUCAACAUGGUUACGUCCAACUGCAGAUACACCAACAAAAAACGAAAAUUAUCUAUCUGUACAUAUGAAAAAGUAA